AUGUUCAAGAACUCAUUCUAAAGUGGAUUUCUUUCAAUUUUAUAUUCAAUAGGAUCAAAGCCCUUGUAGAUUUGGGAUAAACAAAUUAAGAAUGGACAUAUCAAGCGAAUUACAGAUUAAGAUAUUUAAUCAUCAGUUCUAGAAAUCAUGGGUACAAAUGUGAGUACCAAUUUCAUUACUGCUCCUGCUGAUCCAAAAGAAACUUUGGGAAUCAAAUUACCUUUCUUAGUAAUGAUUAUUAAGAAUCUUAAAAAAUACUUUACGUUUGAAGUGCAAGUCCUGGAUGACAAAAAUGUUAGAAGAAGAUUCAGAGCCUCUAAUUAUCAAUCAACAACCAGAGUCAAACCAUUUAUCUGUACUAUGCCUAUGAGACUGGAUGAAGGAUGGAAUCAAAUUCAGUUCAAUUUAUCUGAUUUCACUAGAAGAGCAUAUGGUACUAACUACAUAGAGACAUUACGAGUUCAAAUACAUGCCAAUUGCAGAAUUAGAAGAAUCUAUUUCAGCGAUCGUUUAUAUAGUGAAGAGGAAUUGCCCCCUGAAUUUAAAUUAUUCUUGCCCAUCUAAAAAUAAGGAUGAUCAAUAAUUUAAUAUUUUUAUUCAUUCAUUAAAUAAAUUAACUC